CCGGCGGCCGACGGUGGCCUUCGGCUGUCGGCUCUGUACGCCGCGGCGACGGAGCUUGUCGGUACCCAGGAGAGGAGCCGUGAUUUGGUCCGGUUGCUGAUGGCGGAGUGCGAUGGGAAGUCGGAUCGGCUGCUGAAGAAGACGGUCUCUGUCGUUGGGUUUGGAGGAUUGGGCAAGACGACUCUCGCUAGGAUUGUGUACGAGGAGCUGAAGGGGCAGUUUGAUUGCGCGGCUUUUGUUUCAGUCUCUUACAAUCCUGACAUGGAGAAGGUGUUCAGGGACAUGCUCUGCCAACUUGACAAGAACCGUAACACUGACAUUGCAAUGUGGGGCGAAGCUCAACUUAUCGAACAACUAAGGGAAUUCCUUCGAGACAAGAGCUACUUCAUUGUCAUUGAUGACAUAUGGAGUUGUUCAGUAUGGAACACAGUCAGGCAUGCUUUUAUUCAAAAUCAAUGUGGAAGUAGAAUAAUCAUGACAACUCGCAUCCUUGAUGUUGCCAAGCAAGCCAAUAGCAUCUAUGAACUAAGACCUCUUUCUCCUGCUGACUCAAGAAAGUUGUUCUACCAAAGAAUAUUUGGCACUCAAGACGGAGGUCCUCCUAGUCACUUAGCUGAAGUAUCAGAGAAUAUUUUGAAAAAAUGCGGCGGUGUACCUUUAGCUGUAAUUACAAUAGCCAGCCUAUUAGCAACUAAAAGGAGAAAGGAAAACCCAGAUAAGUACUGGUAUCAAGUGUAUCAAUCCAUGGGUUCUGGACUUGAAAGCACGGAUGUGAAGGACAUGCGAAGGAUACUGUCUAUCAGUUACUAUGAUCUGCCGCCACAUUUGAAGACUUUCUUGUUGUAUGUGACUUUGUAUUCAGAGGAUUAUGGUAUAAUAAUCGAAGAGGUGAUAUACAAAUUGAUAGGUGAAGGAAUUAUCCAGAAACAACAUGGGCAAACUUUUUACGAAGCAGGUGAGGAUUGCUUUGAAGACCUCAUCAAUAGAAGCAUUAUCCAACCAAUGAUUUUAACCAUGGGAGUAAGGUAUGGUCUUGUUGUGUGCAUGACAUGAUGCUUGAUCUAAUUGCUUUCAUAUCGGAGGAGGAGAGUCUUUUAUAAGCACUUGGUGGUUCCCAGACGAUGUAUGAGCCAACAAGAAAGAUCCGCCGAUUGUUCCUCCAAAACAUGAAGGUCGAAGAUGUCAAGAAGGUGGUAACCAUGAACCUGUCCCGUUGGAGAUCACUAACGGUGUCAUCGGAAGCAUUCACUCUGUUGCCUACCCUGUCCAGCUUUCCGAUCAUACGUGUGUUGAAUUUAUAUGGCUGUACUCAGGUGGAUAACAGUCACUGCAAGCACAUCUGCAAUUUGUGUCACCUGAGAUAUCUAAAGCUAUCUUUGACAUCCAUCACUGAGAUACCAAAUGAGAUUGGGAACCUACAGCUUCUCCAGUUCCUGGACUUGAAUAUGACCAACAUAAAAGCGCUUCCACCAACAUUUGUCCAGCUAAGAAAACUAGAGUUCUUGUGUGUCGACAAUCGGACUAGACUACCAGAGUGCCUUGGGAACUUAAUUUCUCUACAGAAGUUAUCACCACGUAUAACAAUCAGUUCCCCAACAAUGCUGUGUGAAUUGAGCAUGCUGACUGAGCUGAGGCGUUUGAUGCUCCGCUUUGACGACUGGGACGACGAGAGCUAUGAGGAAACUUUUGUGCAGUGUCUAUCCAACCUGGUCAAUCUUGAAUCCCUGCAGAUAUUCGAUUGCCACAACGGCCUUGGCUCCAAUUCCAACAUUGGCAUGCUGUUAACAACAGGGCCUCAACAGCUUCGGUCCAUGAACAUAGGGCCUGGCACUGUACGUUGUGUGCCAAGAUGGCUGCCAUCGCUCUUUGCCCUUUCCGCCCUAGACAUCACACUGCUGACACUACAAGAGGAGGACCUCCAGGUCCUUGGCAGCAUACCAUCACUUCGCAGCCUCUACAUAUGGGUGAAGGAGCACAGAAAAGACAGGUGCAAAAGGUUGGCCAUCGGCAGUGACGACUGCCCAUUCGGCUGCCUAACGAAGAUAAGAAUCGGGCCUGGCGCCAUGGAGGUGCAGUUUGCGGCAGGAGCCAUGCGGAAGCUCCGAACCGCUCGUUUGGACCUCCAUGUCCGGCAUACCCUGGAUCAGUUUGGCGACUUCCACUGUGGCCUGGAGAGCCUCUCCUCGCUCGAGCGCGUCAUCGUUCAUAUGAACUGCUACCGUGCUGAGCUUGAGGAGGUGGAGGCGGCGGAGGCUUCGAUACGUAAAGCGCUGGACCUGAAUCCCAACAGACCCUCAUUUGAGUUGGAGAAGCAUGGUGGUUCAUGGAGGUCUGGCUGAUGUGGAAUCUAUAAUGCGGAUUUAAGCUGAUAUUAUACUGUCAUGGAUCAAAUGUGGAAACUGAAAUGUGUCACUGUUGAGCCUCCUCCUUCAUAGUACUGUUCAGAUUCAGAAUACAGGUAGAGGGUAAGACGAAGGAGCAUAUUCAGAAUUCAAAGUGCUGUGCUGGGCCCAAUUCCCUUUUCUGAAAACCACCAAAGGUUAGUAGCUCCUGGGCCCACAUGCAGAGAUAACAGGAGCCAGGAGCGUGAGAGUGUAUGUAAGCCGGAGCGGGUGGCCAGAAUCGCGCCACCUCGGAGCCCAGGAUUUAAUCUAAUCCAAAACCCCUCCUCCGGUCUCACUGCCCUGCUCCAUUCCAUUUGCUGCUAGUUUCCUCUGCUUCUCCUCCGUUCGUUCAUUCUUCCGUGCACUUCCAGUUCCAGCAACCCCAUCAUCUGCUGGCUGCUCUAACCAGCUGCAGAGCUGCUCCAAUGGCCACCUUGUCCGCCAUCUCCGCCAAGGCCGGCUACUGCAAGGCACCAACGCUGAGCUGGAAGUUGCAGGGAAGCAGAGUUUCAGCCCGGAAUGUGGUCUCCAUGGCGACCACCCGGAGAGGAGGCCUCGUCUCCCUAAGAUCCCCUCGGUUUCGCGUCUACGCGGCAAAGGCGGAGACGGUGAGCAAGGUGAUGGACAUCGUGAAGCAGCAGCUGGCGCUGGCGGCGGACGUGGGGCUGACGGCGGAGUCCAAGUUCGCGGACCUGGGCGCCGACUCGCUGGACACGGUGGAGAUCGUCAUGGCGCUGGAGGAGGAGUUCAAGAUCACCGUCGAGGAGGACAACGCCCAGAGCAUCACCACCAUCCAGGAGGCCGCCGACCUCAUCGACAAGCUCGUCGACCAGAACCCAGCGGCGGCGGCGCCGCCGGCAUGAUGAGACGAGACAACAUCGAAACCUCUAUACAUGAGCAUUAUUGGUUGAUCGAUCUCUAGCUAGAGACAAUCUGGACGGAUGGAAGAGCUGAUCGUUGCCAGGAUUUUUUUUGUUUCAUCUGUAUUCCAGCAUUAGCUAGCGUCGUUGAUGUUCGACGACAGACAUUAUAGCCAGCUCUCCUUUCAAUUUCCGCAACUUUUUAGCUGUGUGUGGUGAGUGCGUGGGUUCUUUUUUGUUAGGAGAAGAUGAUUGAUGAACAUGUUAUGCGCUAAAAUGCUUCCAACUUUUUUCCCCAGCUAAUUAACCGGAAUUGGUCGACAUGCA